CACCCCCAAUAUCACGUUCAAACAUAGCCAUCGUCACUGCACAGCCGAGAAGACAAGAUGGGAGGCCUGAACAUAACAGAGCUCCAAAAAAACUCAAACAAAUGGGACAAAACAGUUGACCAAAUUGUUCGAAUGGAAAAAAAGAUUUUCCCCAAACACGAAUCUCUUGCUCGAUCUUUCGACACCGAGCUUUCUAAAAAGAACAGCGGAUUGCUCUACAUUCUUGACUCUGCUGCUGAUGAUAAUGACAACGUUGCUGGAUAUGUCAUGUUUUCUUGGCCUUCUUCACUUUCUGCUUCCAUAACCAAACUUGCAGUAAAAGAGAAGUACAGGAGACAAGGCCAAGGAGAGGCUCUGCUACGUGCAGCAAUAGAGAAAUGCAGAGCUAGAAAUGUGCACCGAAUAUCACUUCAUGUAGACCCGUCAAGAACUGCUGCCUUGAAUCUUUACAAGAAGUUUGGUUUUCAAGUUGAUAGUCUUGUGGAAAAGUACUACUCAUCGGACAGAGAUGCUUACAGAAUGUACUUGGAUUUUGAAGUAUAUUAGCCUGGUCCAUGUCCAUGCAUUUGUAGAAUCUUUAUAUAUUCAAUUUGAUUAGUUUUGGCAAAACAUGUUUAUAAUCGGUAGACUCAUAAUAGGGUUGAACAUUGAAGUUUUGAUGUAUUGUGUGCGGAAGUUCUGAUUUAUUCUAUUUAUUACGUGUUUUUGUAAA